UUUUUGGAUAAAUUGUUUAAAAUGCGAUUUUCAAGUCACAACACUGAAAACCGAGAUCAACAUAAAUGUACCCGGGAAAUUCAAACUAUACGUACCAAUUUAGGAUCUAGUUUGCUUUAAGGUUGGCAUUCAAAUUUACCAAAUAUGACGUAACUGCUUUGAGUGAAAGGAGUAUAUUUUGGGCAUUCUUUAUCAUCUCUUUAGUUUUGAGGUUAACGCGUUCAACAUUUUCAAACAAAUUGGAACAUACACAGGUAUAGAGUCGAAAAUUUAGUAUUCAGUCUAUUAUCGAUAUCAAAAUAGAAGUCCAAUCUUAUGAAGAAGUUGUUUCAUGCUAUACGAAGGAAGCUAACCAACUGCACACCUCAUUAUGAGUGAAUCUAGACCAAACACAGGGCAAAACCCAAAAAAGCAGAAUAAAAAACCAAGUAAAGACCAUGUGCUACGUAAGCGGCAGCCUAACAAGCCUGAAAGGGGUGACCAUAUUUUAUAUAUAAGUACAAAGACUGAUAUUAAGGCGCACCUAGAGAAAUGCAACAAAUUGAUAAGUAAUAAUGAAAAUGAAAUAAUAUUGUAUUGCUUAGGGGCUGCUAUCCAAAGAGGGAUAUUAUUAGCAAUGAAAAUAUGUGAACGGCAUGUUACUUACAAAAUACAUGCAAACACAUUUUCAACAGAACUUACAGAUGACUUGGAACCAGCAACUGAUAGUGUAGAUUAUGAAAUACAAAGAAGAAUUAAUUCAGCUCUUAGGAUAAAGAUCUUCAAUUCAAUUCCCAAUGAAGACUUACCAGCAAAAGCAUCAACUGAAUGACAUGUUAAAAAGUUUUGUGUUUUGGUUAUGAAACAGAUAAAGCAAGUUUGAUGGGCAGAGCAAUGUUUGAAUUAACUUAUGUGUGUAUGAUUUGCAUAUCUGAUGCAUGUACUUUUAAUUUAAAUUAUGCUCAAAUUACAUUAAGAGACUGUAUUAUAGAUAUGUUUUUGUAUAAAUAAAUUGAUGAAAAUAAUGUUUUUUUAAUGGACAAUUCAGCAAAUACAAACAAAAUAAAUUUUGGAGUGUAUCUCUAACAUGGUGAAUUUGAUUUUUAGCUUGGCCUGUAACAGAAUCUUAGACCAUAAUUUUCACCAAUUUCCAGAAGUUUGAUUAAUUUGGAACUUCACACACGUAUCAAGGACCAAUGACAAUGGAAUAAUUUUAUAACAGUCCAUUAUCCUUAUUAGGACCGCCAGAAUUGAUACAUUCUUUUAUAGAUCUAAGAAGUGCGUUCUCACCUUGUUCAUUGCGAAUGUUGCCGAUAAACACGCUUGUUCCUCUGUUAAUAAUUUAAAUUUUAUUAUAAUUUUAUUUUGAGGUCACCAUCUACUGCUGUAAUAUAAACUCUUUGUAAUUGAAAAUUAAUUUCUACUUUUUCGUUCAGUUAGCGUGUUUUUUAGUUUUUUUAUUU